AAACGGAGACGACCACGGUGCACGUUAGUCUAUGUUUACAUUACUUAGGAGAGACAGUCUGGAGUUUUCAAGAUGAAACCGCGGCCGAAAGUAUACAUCACACAUCAUAUACCACAGAAAGGAGUUGAUACUUUACUGAAAGCCUGCAAUGUCGCGAUUUGGGACGGAAACCAAGCUGUUCCCAGGGGCGAGCUUGUCAAAAUGGUUAAAGGCGUCGACGCCAUUUGGUGUCGAGCGGUGGACGAAAUCGACGAGGAGUUGCUCGAUUCAGCAGGUCCCAAUCUGAAGGUCAUCGGGACAAUAUCUGAAGAUCUCGGACAUAUCGAUGUAAAUGAGUGUCACCGACGGGGAAUCAAGAUCGCGACUCCACCUAAGAUCACCAUGGAAACGGUGGUGGAUCUGACCAUCGCCAUCCUGCUUCAAGCCACGUCAUUAGUUUUGACGACAAAAAAUAUCGCAGAAGUCACAGAUGCCAAUCAGAAUCACGUGGUAUUUCAAGGUAAAACGUUAGGAAUCGUGGGAUUGGGGAAAGUGGGUCAUGCUGUUGCUAAGAGACUAAGUCACAUGGGCGUAAGUCGAAUCGUAUACCAUGACAUUUCCAAGAUACCAACAGCCGAAGAAAUCAGUGCCGAAUAUUGCCCAUUGGAAAAACUUUUGGAAGAAUCUGAUAUUUUGUGUCUGAGUUGUAAGCCGAAUACACAAUCGCGGAACCUUUUCAACAAAGAUAGCUUCAAACGUAUGAAAAACAGUGCAAUUCUAAUCGACUCCUCCAGAGGGUCAACCAUCAACUACACUGACCUUUACGAGGCCUUACGUAUGGGAGAAAUUCAUGCUGCAGGGCUGGAUGUUCGAGAAGAAGGACAAAUCCCAUUCAAGGCGCCUCUCGAGGGACUAAGCAAUUGUCAUUUCUUCCCAUACCAAGAGGUCAACCACACGUGGGAUAACCGGAGUCGUAACUCUGGUGUCCUUGCGCGUGACAUCUUGACCUCACUGACCAAUGCAUGAUGGUUUGGCCGGUAUAUAAUGACGACCUAGGUCUCAGAGUCAUGAAUGUGUCUUAACGGAGAAAAAACAUGUUUUAUUUUGUCAUGGGAAACCAUCGUUUCUUUGACUUAAACACUAUUUUUGUGUUCGCAAAAUCUAUAGUUUAUGAAUGUCCUAAAGUUAAGAAACACUUUUUGUAACUGGGACCAGACGCAGGAAAAGUUAUAUUUUGUGAUAGGGGGAGGGGAUGAAAAGAAGGUUAAGAAUUAUAUUCAUUGAAGGAAUGAAUGCCUUAUUAAAAUCAAUUAUGUUUAUUUCAAUACACCAUUGACUGUUAACAUAUCAGAAUCGUGACUUUCCCCUUACUGGCAACCAUUUCCACUCACUUAGAAUCCAGGUCUAAAAUGACGUCAUCACAAAGAUAAUUCUGUAUCCAUGUCUUUCUGUGGUUUCUAUACACCUUAUCAUACGGAGUUAUCAGACUGCCGAAUAUGCAGUAAUUUGCUUUUACAUUGUGUUUUAUUUCUCAUUCUUAAUAUUGGUAUGAAUUUAAAAAAAAAAAAACCUUGGAUAUACAUUUGAUGUGACUUAAUAAUGUUUUUUUUCUCAUUUACGAUGGAUCUCUUUCAUGCAUGAAAACAUAUCAUUGUUUCAAGAUAAAUUGUGUUCAUUUUGAAAAUUCGGAUAAAUUAUGACGUCUGACAUUCAUUCAACAAUAACUUCAUGUUGAUGUUAUUAUUUAAAAUGCAUAAUAUGCUGACGUCAUCAGGUAUGUUAUAAUGCCUUAUGAUACAAUGACGUCAUUGGGCGUAACCCUAACCAAUCAGAAGGGAGUAAACGUAUCUAUAAAGCUGGAAUAGAGCUGUCUCAUGAUUCACUUGACUCACCAACUGGAAUAGCCCUUUUCCGAUUUACUGCUCAAAUGCAGAAAAUUUGAUACAGAAGGCUUGUUUGUCAAAUCAGAUUAUACACUGAAAAUGUUGAACUAAUAGCACUUUCUGAAUGUUGUUUACCAUACCGUAACAAUGACGUGUUAAAACUUCAAAAUGUAUCUACUAUAUAACGCCUUUUUAUGCCUAUUGUAUCUCGGUCCUACCGUAAAUAUGACAGUUAAUCUCACUUGUGUUUCCACUGAAAAAUAGAAACAUUGUACACAUGACAUUAUAUAUACGGGAUGCCGUAAUCGAUGACGUCACAAUUUGACAUUCCCUGACGUCAAGCUUUUCUCUCUUUUAUGUCAUGAAAAUAACUCUUCACCAUGUCAUAACACAGCUAUAUGAACGUGAUUAUUUAAAUUCCAUAAUUUAAAAAAACAUGUUUUUGUAUGGGUUGUAUAACUUUUGACAAGCGGUAUUUUCUUACAGAGAUACUUUAUGCAAUAUACAUUUUUAUGACACACAUAACAACACGAGCCUAUGAUGAGUCAGACAUACAUAGUAUCAUGUGUCGUCAAUGUUGACUAGAGAGUGUCGUCAAUGUUGACUAGAUACAUCCACAUUGUGUGUCGUCAAUGUUGACUAGAUACAUCCACAUUGUAUGUCGUCAAUACUGACUAGAUACAUCCACAUUGUAUGUCGUCAAUGUUGACUAGAUACAUCCACAUUGUGUGUCGUCAAUGCUGACUAGAUACAUCCACAUUGUGUGUCGUCAAUGCUGACUAGAUACAUCCACAUUGUAUGUCGCCAAUGCUGACUAGAUACAUCCACAUUGUAUGUCGUCAAUACUGACUAGAAUUCAUUGUAUCUCAUUCUCGUCCUGUUAUGCAAUGAUUCACAUCUAUAAAAAAAAAUGGGGUAUAUGUCACUAGUUGUAUAUACGGCGUGCCAGUCAGAAAUCGAUUGUGGUAUUAUGACGUAGACAAUGACGUGACGUCAUGAAUUGUGCAUUGCGCAGCAAACCGGCUGCUUCUGUAUGGUUUUGCCCUUCACAUUUUAAACCCACCAAAAUGUUUUCUGAAUUAUUUGAUAAAAGGUAUCUUACAUUUGUUUUCACUUCAUAUGAAAUUUUAUGAAUCUCGGUUCUUGAUUUUAUUUUAUUUUUUCGCCAAGGCUCAAAAAUAUGAGUCUCGUCAUAAAAUAUCAUAUCAAAUGAAAACUCCUAUAAGAUUCUGUACAUUUUUGUAUAUAUUUGAAGACAGAAUCGUUUUGUAUAGUGUGUGGGUCCUGAGAGAACACAUUUGUUUUUAAUCCACGUGACCGAUUCUCAUUACCAUUGUAUUUAAAUUUCGAAUAAUAGAUGUAAUCGGACGUGGUAGUUGUAUGUUAACCUUGAUGAUGUAUAUUAAUUGUAAACAAUAUUAUACAACUGUUUAUAUUAUAUAAUGAUGAUAAUCACGUGUAUGAUAUAUUGUAUCUGGGGUAGAUAACCACACGUGUGAUAUAUUGUGUCUGGGGUAGAUAACCACACGUGUAUGAUAUAUUGUAUCUGGGGUAGAUAACCACACGUGUGAUAUAUUGUGUCUGCGGUAGAUAACCACACGUGUGAUAUAUUGUAUCUGGGGUAGAUAACCACACACGUGUGAUAUAUUGUAUCUGGAGUAGAUAACCACACGUGUGAUAUAUUGUAUCUGGGGUAGAUAACCACACACGUGUGAUAUAUUGUAUCUGGGGUAGAUAACCACACACGUGUGAUAUAUUGUAUCUGGGGUAGAUAACCACACGUGUGAUAUAUUGUAUCUGGGGUAGAUAACCACACGUGUGAUAUAUUGUAUCUGGAGUAGAUAACCACACGUGUGAUAUAUUGUAUCUGGGGUAGAUAACCACACGUGUGAUAUAUUGUGUCUGGGGUAGAUAACCACACGUGUGAUAUAUUGUAUAUGGGGUAGAUAACCACACACGUGUGAUAUAUUGUAUCUGGGGUAGAUAACCACACGUGUGAUAUAUUGUGUCUGGGGUAGAUAACCACACACGUGUGAUAUAUUGUAUCUGGGGUAGAUAACCACACACGUGUGAUAUAUUGUAUCUGGAGUAGAUAAUCACACGUGUGAUAUAUUGUAUCUGGGGUAGAUAACCACACACGUGUGAUAUAUUGUAUCUGGGGUAGAUAACCACACGUGUGAUAUAUUGUAUUUGGGUUAGAUACCACUUCUGUUGUAUAUUAAAUCUAACCAUUUAAAUUUUAAGACGGAGAUAUUGAAUGCCUUUGAAAUCGUGCGUGGUAUACUGUGUAUUACGAAUUCAGGUAUAUAUUGUACCCGGUGGUCUGCGAUAAUGCUGUGAUAGAUAUAUGCUGUAUACUAUGUAUACUAAAGGCGUGGGAUAUUUCAGUAUUAAUACUGAAUAUAAUAUUUUUUCUCCAUAUAUGUCUGUUUUAUUUUGAAAGAACCAACUAUUGCAGUAUUUCAAAAAAGAUAAUGGUAAUUAUUUUACCACUCUUGGAUAUUUUUUUUUUUUUUAAUAGUUUGUUUUGAUGAACAAGAAGAAUACGUUGUUUUUUGUUUUGUCUUUCGUAUAUAUACAAUGUUUAUACUACAGGAGAACAGAUGAUAAUGUAUUUUUCAUAUCAUAUCAUUCUAAACAAAUAAUUUGUAACCUUUGAAGGGAGAUAACUCUGCGUGGAAUAAUUAGUUAAAUUUGAUGGGAGAAAAUUCUGUCUUAAACACUUAAAAUUAAAAGGAUUUAUUAAAAAAUAAAAGGAGAUAUAUCUCUGUCGUUAAUAAUGAGUGAAAUUUGGAGGGAGAUAACUGUCUUAAUUAACUGGUACAAUUUGAAGGGAGAUAACCAUGUCUUAAUUAACUGGUACAAUUUGAAGGGAGAUAACCCUGCCUUAAAUAAUUAGUAAAUUUGAAGGGAGAUAACCAUGCCUUAAAUAAUUGGUAAAAUUUAAAUGGAGUUGACUCUGUCUGAAAUUUUUAGUUAAACGUGUUUGGGAAAGUGAAGGAGAAUAACUCAGAAUCAAGUAGUUGAUAAAAUAUCAAGGGAGAUAACUCUAAAACAAAUUGUUUGUAUAAUGUCAAGGGAGCUGAUUGGAGAUAAAAUUGUUAGUUAAAUGUGAAAGGAGAUUACUCACAAAUUCUAUCAAUUACCAAUUAAUAAAGUGUGUAGGGUAGUGUGUGUUCGAGGUACACACUCUGUAACAGCUACGACAGAGUAAGAGCCAUUGAUACAUCUGUUUGUAUUGUCCCAUAUCCAUAAAACACUACUCGUGUUCUCUUUACCCUUGACAUUUCGAUGACGAACUUCAAAUUCCUGUGAUCAGUUGGAUAACAUGCUCCUAACUAUGGGCGAGUUGGUCAGAUCAUUCUGCUGGCAGGAUAGUCUUCUGAACAGAGUUGCCGCCCUUUAUUUUUAAUUCAUUACACGUAAGCCAACGUCUAAAUGCCAAGAUAAAUGUUGUCUUUCUCUGCAGUUUACAUUUUCAUACAUUUUCAUGAACAUAAAUACGUUUUCGAUACUUUACAUAAUUAGGAGGUCAAUGGACAGAAUGCAGCGUAUUGUAAAAGAGUGGUAUAAAUUAUUUUGUUUAGGGAAUGCGCUAUAUCGGCCAUUUCCGUCAGCGCUCGGUCUGAUUCCGAGUCCUGACGGAAUCGCUCGAUUGAAAAGCAUUAUAAGUGAAUCGUCCUUAAAUUAAUGCCGUCUCAACUAGUCUGAUGUAGCCACCAAGAAGAUAUUCAGCUCGUCAUCGAAACGUAUUGAAUAAAACAUAUGGCUGUGUUGGAGGGUUAUUUAUAGAUUUUGUGGGGAUAUAUUGUGAAUAUAAUACUAUUAUCUUGUUAAUUAAACUAACUGGGGGAGUCUAAUAUAAUUAAUCAUCUGUAAUAUCUUAACUCCUCGAACAAAUAUAUUAAUCAUCUGUAUAUAUCUUAACUCCUCGAACAAAUUGAUAAAGCGAAAAAUCCUACUUGUGUUUUGCUAACUUCAAUAUACAUAAAUAUACAAAAAUCCAUAUUUCAUUCAAAAUUAAGUUGUAUUUUUCCACAUAUAUCAUUCUGUGUUGUAGUACCAUAUAUCAUGUGCAAAGUGUACUGUUUCGUGUCAACGGAGUGAGAACCAAGUGUGUUCAAUCAAAUUGAUUUUUAACCUAAUGAGAUUCGUCGUGGCAUAUCGAAAACUACAUAUACACCUACGUAAAUUUCACAGGAACAUCUAUCUCUAUGUCAAUUACAUUUUAUUGUACAUUUUUGUUGUUUUCUUAGACCACGAAUCUCACAUUCUUAUGGAGUUAUAUCGAGUAGUUUUCGUACUUUAUAUUCACGGCUUACGGGUCUGUAUUCACUGCCUUGCUAGGAAUGUAUAGCUGAAAGUACAACCAUUGAGAUUUGGUCAAUUUUCUUUGACAAUGCCUUAAUUAUAACGUUAUGUGCCUUCGCAAAGAGCCAUGUCGACACUUACUACAUCAUAGGGACCAGGUUUUUCGGCUUAAUAGUCGUGGACACAGUGGUCUGACGUUAAUUACAGUAAGACUAUUUACCAGCACCGGAGGAGGCAUUUCUGUAGAAUAUUGAUCUGAAUGAACACAAGUUAAAGUUAUUACACUCACCACAUUAGGAUUGCUCACACAAAAAAACACAUGUAAUUGUCAGGUCCCUGUGAUCGUGAAGUAGAAAUUUCUGAAAUCAUUUUUACUUUCAGUAAAAUGAAAUGUUCUCCAAUCGCAACAUCUCAGCCUAUCUCGUCAAAGCUUUGAAUAAAACUUAAAUAUAAUUGACAGAUAUUUUGAAUUGAUAUUUUCUCAUUCACAAAAAGUGCCGAUGAUGACAUGUUUAGAUAAGCGUGGGCCACACGUGCGCACGUGGUAAGUUGGAGAUUGUAAGCUAUAACUAUCUUUGUAAUAACAAUUAUAGCGCUGUUAAAAACAUGUUUUAUUAUUAUAGAUAAUUUUAUGUUGCUUAUGAAUUAAACUUUUAAACGUUGAUAUUUUACCCAAAAA